AUGUCUCUAGCUGACGGCGAAUAUGAAUUGGACUUAUCAAUUCUCACUGAUCCCAACUACGUAUCCCAUGACAGUGAAAAUGUGGCUAUAAGGUAUGGAUUUAUACCCGAUUCUAUGGAUCAAUCAAAGCCUGUAAGGCUUUACCAAAAUGAUCAACAAUGCAUUCUCCUGGCUUUGUCGUCAGAACUGGACAAACCAAUACUAUUCGAAGGCACUUCUCAAAAACAUACUUUGAACAAGAAUAUGGAAUACUAUUUGACAUGUGGCACCAAUUCUGACAACAAAUUGAAGUUGAACCAGCUAAAUAGCACUAUCAGAGUCAAUAAGAGUAGAAGUGGACCAAAGCUACUGACGGAGAUAACUAAGCUUGAAGAGGAAUACAAGCAACAAAUACGAAAACGGCAAUAUGAACAGGAAACUAAAAAGGGGCAACUGCCGUCUCCGCGUAAACAAAAGGCUAAAGCACUGGAUACAAGUGUGGUCGACGCCAGUAAUGCCAAGAAGGUGAUGCGUGAUAGCAAGGCUGCACCCAGAAGUAAAGUUGCAUCAAAACGACCCCCACCGGAGCCAAAACAAUCAGAGCCAAUCAUCAGUGAAAGUGACUUUGAAGAUUUGGUUCAAAAUGACACCAAGCCGCCUGCCAAUGUUCUCUCCUCCAAUCAUACAGACUCCAAGGGUGGUUCACUGAAUCAGCGAGCUAGCAACGCUCCCAAACAACAAGUACCCACAGCAGAAUCGAAAGAAAAUACCACGUUGACAAAGAGACAAACACACACACAAAUCGAUCAAGCAAACCAGACAGUAGAUUUGGAUGACGAUUUUAAGGAUCUAGAGGAUCAGUUACAGGAGCUACUAGGUGAAGAGGAACACGAAGAAGAGGGUCCCAAAGUAGAGGACGCCGGUUUAAGGAAGGAGGCCAUUACUCUUCCCAAUGCAGUCCCCAAACGCCAUAACGAGAGUUCUGAAUCUGGUUCUGAUGCGGAUGAGAGUGAUUACGAGCAUGUGAAAUUUGAAAACAUACAGAUUGAGAACAACUCGCGUCCCAAGAAGCUGAAACAUUUUGCUCUCACUUCUACUCAUCAAAAACCAGUAAGUUUACGAGACUUUAUGGGUAGGAGCAAAAAGCUGAAAGAUGAUGGCAGCAGUAGUGAGGAAGAGUAG